AAAUCCGAAGCAUGGCAACUGAAUUCCUGGGCUUGGUGGCUUUCGGAGCCUUCCAUUGGAAAGUGAGCGGCACAGACGUGAAUUUCCAAUGGCUACAGCAGCUGGGAGGUUUCUUCUCCCAGCUUACAGCAGAAGAAGCAGCGCAGAAGGAACGCAUUCAGAAGAACACAGCGACCUUGAGAGUGUCCAACUACAUCCUUUUCUCGCACAUUUUUGUUCAUCUGGCAGCAUGGAAAACUAUGUGGGUGGUGGUGGGUUUUGUGCACAGCCCGCAGCUCACGACCGGUGCCUUGAUGGUGAUUCACCUUGGCCUCUACAUGCAGCAUUUGUUGGUGGUCAACCGCUACAUCCAACCAACGUCGCGACAAGUUCGCGUGUUGUCUGCUGUGGUGUACUUGGCCUAUGCAGCGGGUUACUUUCUGGCCACUGCGCUGCAGGAUGGCCCGCCUUUUCCCAACCGCGCUGUGACCAUCUCGGAGAAAUAUCUGCUGGCAACACGUUUCUUCUUGGUGAUGGCUUUUAUUGACACGGAACUCUCAGUCGUUUGCCAAUUUUUCUUCUCCUUGACGAUUCUGGGCACUUCUUGGUAUCAUGGGAAGGAGCUUGGAUAUGUGCAAGUGACCGAAGAAUGCGAAAUAUAUGGGUGCCUCUUAGCCUUUGUCCUGAUCAUUGAUGUAAUGAUGCGAGCACGCGUGCAGGCUUGUCUCCAAUCAGCUGAUGCGGAAUGGAUGGUGAGCAGCUUCCGUCGCGUGCUGCGCGGCGUCUGCGAUUGCGAGUUCCUGUUGGAUCACAACCUGAAGAUACAAGGCAAUCCGGAGUGCCUGCAGCACAUGUUGAUGAGCGACGAGAAACUGCAGGGAUGGAGUUUACUCAGCUCCUGGCCGACCAACAGGACACCUUCCGGAAAUUUGUGGAGAUGUCAACCAGGACGGCCAAGGACAUCAAGAGCCCAACGGAUGUGCAGGCGGCAUCCUGCAUCCGCGUCUCCUUCGCCACCAGGGCCACGUCGCGGACAUCGGUGGCCACGAGGUCAGCGCACCUCUUCCAUGUGGUGGUCCCGCAGCCCUUGGGAGAGCCGUACCACCUGUCCCUGGGCGUGA